AUGUCAUUGUUUUUCUUCUUCGAAGACUAAUAGAAUGAGAUUAUCGUUGAGACUCUAAUAUUUAUUUCAAUUUUUUUGGUUCUAACUCUCUAGCUUAUUAAGUAAAAUAAUAACUAGCUUUAGAUUUAAACAGUGUGCUAAAUAGUAAUAGAAAUCAAUAUAUGAACAAAGCUAUAUAAAAUAGUCUCCAUCAGAGUUUGAAUAAAAUAAAUAACAGCUAACGAAAUAUCAUAUUGAAAAAUUGUAGGAGAAUCCUAAGUUUAAAGAAUGGUAAGAAUCAUCAAAAAAGAGUUGA